UGGAAAUGUGCUAGAGCACAAACUGAUGAUAUAGAUUCGGAUGUAGAAUCUGAUAUGGAGGCUUAUGCGGAGGCAAGCGGCCAAUCUGAAGGGGAGAUGGAAUCUGAAUUUCCAGAUGAUGCUGGCCCUAGGCCUUCCACCUCUGGGUCCGUGGGCGCCUCCGCCACUGCCCCUAACACGGUUUCUACCCUGGUGGACCCCUCAGGCAUCCCAUUAUUUGAUCCUGAUUCCCUCCACCACCCUAGGUCGGCGGAGUGGCUGCCAGUGGCUCAUGUGAGCGAUUACCUAGAACAUUGGGUGCGCCGUCCUCUUAGCAAAGAGGCGCGCAGCAAGCUCCGAGCUGAAUGCCCCAGACCAUUGAUCCCCAACAAGGUCUGUGAUACGCCAUCUGUGGAUCCAAAGAUGACCCAGUUCUUGGCUAAAACCGGCUGGAACCCCCGCAAGGGGUUAGAUUCCGCAAUUAGGAGUUGUCAGGAUAAACUCCUUGACAUCUUUGGCCCCCUCGCCAAAAUUUUUGAGAUGGCCGAAUCGGCCAGAGCGGACGGCUCUCCGAUAGAUCCGGAGGAGCUUACUGGCUGGAUACAGAGGGCCAUUUGUAUCGCGGGCAGCACAAACUCCUCCCUGGCCAUUGAACGGCGUAAAGCCAUUUUGUUUAAAAUUGACCCGAAAUUGGCCAACCUGGCACUCACUGAGUCAGGAAGGGAUGCUCAGGGUCUGCUGUUCGGGGAUUCCUUUAUUAAGGACCUCAGCAGAUACGUAGGGGCAUUUACCGCCCUGGACAAGGCCCAGUCCUCCAUGAGAAGGGUCUUUCAGGGACGGGUCUCCACUAGGGCCGGCAGUAGUAGGGGCCGUCUGUCCGGCCGCUCCAGUUUCCAGGCGGCGCCAUGGUGCUUUACCAAGCUCCUGCGUCCGGUCGUUGCCUGGCUGCGGAGUCGGGGUGUACGUCUAGUCAUCUAUCUGGACGACAUCCUCAUUAUGCAUCAAUGUCAGGCGGCGCUGCUUCGGCACCUUCAAUGGACGUCGGACCUCCUUUCGGCUCUUGGUUUUCUACUGAACCCCGAGAAGUCCUGCCUCACGCCGUCUCGACGGAUGGAAUUCCUGGGCUUCACGGUGGACUCUGUUGCGGAAUCUCUCAGUCUCCCGUCAGAGAAAUUGCGGACGAUCCGCAAGGAAUUGAGACAUGCCCUUUCAGCGUCGUCCCUGUCCCUGCGUCACCUGGCUCGCAUUAUUGGCCUGUUGGCCUCCUCCAUCCAGGCGGUGUUUCCAGCCCCCCUCCAUUAUCGAGCCCUUCAGCGCCUGAAGAUUGCUCACCUUCGUUCCGGGGCCUCGUUCGCGGACAUGGUGGUUCUGGAUCAGGAGGCUCGGGAGGAACUUCGUUGGUGGUUAGACAACUUGGAAGCCUGGAACGGCAGAGCGAUCUUCGGAUUUCAACCGGAAUUCACGAUAGAGUCGGACGCGAGUCUCCUGGGCUGGGGUGCCCACUGCGAAGGUGUCUCCACCGGGGGUCGGUGGUCGGAGGCCGAGAGCCGUCUUCACAUCAACGCUCUGGAACUCCUGGCGGGCUCGUUUGCCAUCCACAGUUUCUCCAAUGGCAUGGCGCAUGCCUGCAUCCGAUUACGUAUGGACAAUGUGUCGGCGGUCCGCUAUGUCAAUCACCUGGGCGGCACCCAGUCGGCUACCUUGGCGCGACUGGCGAAGGAGUUUUGGUCCUACUGUCUCUCCAGGGACAUCAUGGUGCAGGCGGAGUACCUUCCGGGUCUACACAACGUCCGGGCGGAUCGGAGUUCCCGCUGCUUCACGGACGGCAGCGACUGGAGGCUAGCGCCGGAGAUGUUCUCCACAAUCUCGGAUACCUGGGGCCCUUGCGCCGUGGACCUCUUCGCGUCACGGCUCAAUACUCACCUUCCCAGGUUCUUCAGCUGGCGCCCGGAUCCGGAGGCGGUGGAUGCGUUCCUUCAGGACUGGUCUUCGGCUCUGCAAUACGCGUUUCCUCCUUUCGCCAUGAUCCCGAGGAUGCUGCUGCAGGUUCGUCGUCAGGUUGCGGAGUUGGUGGUGGUGAUCCCCUUCUGGGGGACUCAAGCAUGGUACCCGGUUCUCCUGGAACUCCUGACGGACGUGCCUCUCCUCCUUCCGGGUCGGACGGAUCUCCUCCAGGGCCCUCUGGGUGCUCCUCACCCCCUGCUGCUCGACGGCUCCCUUCAGCUCCUGGCGUGCCGGAUCUCCGGACUCCCGGAGAGGUCGCAGGCAUUUCGGAGGCAACUAGACGCCUCCUGGACAACGCUUGGGCUCCCGGCACCCGAAAAUCUUACCGGGCAGCUUGGGGAGCUUGGGUUAGCUGGUGCGUGGAACGGAACCUUGAUCCCGUUUCGGCGCCUGUGACCCAUUUGCUGCAGUUCCUUACAUCCCUUUUUGAGGCGGGAAAGGCUUAUCGGACCAUUAAUUUGUUCCGUUCGGCGAUUUCUUCGACUCAUCAGGGUUUUGAUGGUGUUCCGGCGGGUCAACACCCUUCGGUGUCACGCCUGCUACGUGGAUCGCGCUUGGCUCGGCCUCGCUUCACCACUACGUGGGACGUUUCCCUGGUCCUCUCUUUUCUCUCUGCGUGGCCCGAGAACGCGGCUCUUUCUCUCCGGCAACUGUCUGCCAAGUUGUUGACCCUCUUU